UCACCAGCGAAGUACGAAAGUUGGGGGUCCAGGGGGUGAGAGUCAAAGCUCUCAGAGCCUCCCCUCUUUGGCGGUCUGGUGCUCGAAGGUCCCAGCAAAACCUCCGCUGCCGCGACAGCCCCUGAGGCUCCUAGGCAUCCUCCCGUCCUGCAUCUCCAGACCUGCUCUGAGCCCACCAUGAAAGCCAUCAGCCCGGUGCGAUCCGUCCGGAGCUGCUACGAGGCUGUUUGCUGCCUCUCGGAGCAGAGUUUAGCCAUCGCCCGGGGCAGCCACAACAAGAGCCCGGCCUUGGAAGAGCCCAUGAACUUGCUCUACGAUAUGAACGACUGCUAUUCCAAAUUGCGGGAGCUGGUGCCGGGCAUCCCUCAAGGCACCAAGGUGAGCCAGGUGGAGAUCCUGCAGCACGUCAUAGACUACAUCUUCGACCUCCAAAUUGUGCUGGAGGAGGGGUCCAAGGGCCGCGACCCCUCCUCCGAGGCCACCCUAUUUUCCCUUAAGGCGGCUGAACUCGCCUCAGAACUCCGCACCAAAGACGAGAGAAGUUUGUGUCACUAACGCCACCUCCACCAGCAAACAGGCAGCGAGUGUCGGUUCCUGGUUCGUUAUCAGCCGGAGGUAAAUAGCAGCUUCCUCCGUGGCGCCGGGCUGUCUGCGACCUACCGGCCCCGGCAUCGCCUCCCCCGGGCCCGGGCACCGCGAGUGGGGAGCGGCUGGUUCCGACCCCCCCAGCCUUCCACCGCCGGCAUCCCACCCACGGAGCUCAGCAUCCCAGUUUGGGACCCGAAUUCCCAUGAGAUAUUUUUAAUGAUGGACUGAUGAUGAAGCGGAGGUUGUCUGUAUAUUUUUGGAUUAUAGCAGCGAGUCCUUUUUUUUAAAGGUGU